AUGCUGCAUUAGUUUCAGGUAGUUGGGAUUGGUAGAUCCGUUUAAGGGAUGAUAAGACAGGAUAAUUUAGAUUUUGUUUCAUCCCUCUUGAUUGUACUAUGUUAGCGUCAGGUAGUUUGGAUAAGUCUAUUCAUUUAUGGGAUGUUAAGUCAGGAUAAUUAAAAGCCAAAUUAGAAGGUCAUUAAGAAGAAUAAAGUCAGUCAAAAAUCACUCCCGAUGGUACUACAUUAGCAUCUGGCAGUGGAGAUAAUACUAUAUAUUUAUGGGCUGUUAAGACAGGCUAACAUUGAUCUUACAAUACAAAGAACAUGUCGAAAUCCAAUUUUGGAAGCUUAAGAUGCUUUAAUUUUCAAAGGAGAAUUUGUAAAUUAUUAAGGUCAAGAUCUAACAUCAUUAUUUAAAUCAAAAGGAAGUUUGAUAUUAGAAAGAUAUAAAGAAUUGAAAUAAAAAUGA